ACUUAUUUUUUUUAUAUAAAAAAGUGAUUUUUAAUAUAAAAAUAUAAUAAUUAAUAUUUUAUUUUGUUAUAACAUACCAUAUGGGGAAAAGCCUAAAAAUACUGGUCGUACCCAUUCAGGGUGUGGGUCACGUAAACGCUUGUCUCGGUGUCGCACAGGUGCUCAUCGAUGCCGGCCAUCGGGUAAUGUUUACCGUUCAUCAGGACUGGUGCGGCAAACUCAAGCCAUACGGUAUCGAAGAGAUUGUAGUUUCUUCCGAUACCGACACCGAUGAGGACAACCCUAAUAACAAUACUAGUAAUAACAGUGACAACAAUAAUCUGUUAUCCAUUGGUGGUCUGCCGUCGGGCGACAGUCUUCAGAGUCAUGCCGAAGGUUUGCUAAAAGUCGGUAAUAUUAGCGGACUAUUGCCGCUGGAAAAGGCCAGUCGUACGGGACCUAAGGUCCGAAUGUGGAUGAAACGGGCCAUACAUGUUGACCAACAGCUCGAACGACUCAUACCGGAGCUCAGGCCAGAUCUGAUAGUUUUGGACCAAUUUCUACAGAUACCGGCCGUCGACCGGUCGGGUAUACCGUGUGUCUGGUCGUGGAGUACUAAUCCGGUAAAGAUUAUCGACAACGACGGCCAGUUGCCUCCGUGUGGCUCAGGUCUAUCAGCUUAUGGCGAUAAAAAUCAAUGGCGAGAGUAUCGGGAAGUCAGAGAUAAUGCCGCACAUAAUGUAUGGCAAGAGUUUAACAACUAUAUCGUUGGCCGGGGCUGUCAGCCACUGGACACCAAUUGUUUGGCUAAUACAUCCAAUUGUCUGAACAUUUAUGGCUAUCCACUAGAGUUAGACUAUCUGGAUGUUAGACCAUUGCCUAAAAACUAUAUCCGAUUUGAUAAUCUGAUGAGAUAUGAUCAGCACAUGCAGUUUGAACUACCGGAGCAACUGCUGGACAAACCGGGAAAAUUGAUAUACUUUUCGUUGGGAUCUAUGGGUGCAGUGGAUGUUAUUAAUAUGAAACGAUUGGUGGCUAUAUUAGCCAAAUCUCAGCACAGGUUUAUUGUAUCGAAAGGACCCAAACAUUAUGAGUACGAUCUGCCGGAUAACAUGUGGGGUCAGUCAUCGGUACCGCAGAUACAAGUGUUGCCGUUAGUCGAUUUGGUCAUAACUCACGGCGGAAACAAUACUAUUAGCGAAACGUUUUUCUACGGCAAACCAGUGAUUGUAUUACCACUGUUUGGCGAUCAGUACGAUAACGGCCAGAGAGUCGAUGAGUUGGGUUACGGACGUCGGCUGAAUGCAUACAACUGUACGGAUCGGGAACUGUUGACAGCCAUUGAUAGCAUAUUAAAUGAUAACGAGUUGAACGAUAAGUUGCAGAAAAUAUCGCAACGAAUCCAAUCGGAUAAUAGUUUAGAAAAAUUACCGAAAAUUAUUGAAGAUUUUAUUGAAAAUCCUACUAAAUAUUUGGAUAUUAAUAAUUAG